AUGAAACGAGCCAAAAUUAAAAAAGAAGAGCCAGAGUCGAAAGUCCGUAAAAGAGAGUAUUCGGGCGAAGACGAGAUACCGGUAAAGAUUCGGGCCAAAAGUCCUGUGAAAAAACCGAGCCUGCUGGCUUUGAAAAGGCGAGAAAUGAAAAUUAGAAUGAGGGCGCCGAGAAAGCUGAAAAGAAGAAAACUGGUGAAACGGCAUCACACUAGUGAUUAUGCAGACGAUGAGGAAAUUCCUUCCAAAUAUCGCAUUCGCGAAACUAAAAAGAUUAAAGAAGAGCCCGCAGACUGGAUUUCGUACGAGGACAUUAAAAAAGAACCGGCUGAAUGAGAGUGUUCAUAAAAAUGAACAAUCUUUUACGAGACGCUUACCUAAAUUUUUCGUCUCCCGCCGCCUUUACGGGCAUUGUUAAUCUUUACAAAACUAUAAAAGAUGCCAAAAUUGCCGACGUUGAAAAGUAUUUGGAAAGCGAAUAUGUUUAUACUUUACAUAAACCCGUUCGAAAACGUUUUCCACGUCUAAAAACUCGCGGAAUUGGGCUAGACUGGACCUGGCAGUGUGAUUUGGUGGAUUACGGCAUGUUUAAAGAGGAAAACGACGGUUAUACAUUUCUUCUAGUAUCCAUCGAUGUCUACAGUCGGUACCUACGCGUGAAACCAGUGAAAAACAAGAGUGCUCUCGAAAUUUUUCGAGCCUUUGAAGAGCUUUUCCAGGACCGGAUACCCGUAGAAAUCGUAACGGACAAGGGAAAAGAGUUUUACAAUGCUCAAAUUCAACGACUUUUCAAAUUUCAUCACAUUCGCCACUACACACCUAAAACCGAAUUGAAAGCUGCCAUGGUGGAACGGGCCAAUCGAACUCUCAAAACUCGCCUAGCCAAAUACAUGACCUUCUCCAACUCACACCGCUAUAUUGAUGCACUACCGGCUAUAGUAUUUGGAAUAAAUCAUACGGUUAAUCGAGGAAUCGGUAAAAAACCCGUACAAGUUUCCAACGGGGAAUUUAGUGAGAUUUUCCAAAAAGGACACGAAAACCCCGCUACGCAGUCGGAGACACUGUACGGAUAUCGAAACUUCGCAAAACUUUUGAUAAAGGCUACGAAAAGGGGUUCAGCGAGGAAUUGUUCAAAAUUUCCGACAUUUUACCGUCCAACCCCGUCACCUAUCGCCUAAAAGACCUAAAAGAUGAGCCAAUCGACGGAAAAUUCUACGAACAAGAGCUGACGCGCUACACGGAAUCUACCGACGUCUUCAAAGUGGAAAAAAUUCUCGCCAAGAGACGUGUAAAGGGAAAACGACAAUGCCUCGUCCGCUGGUAUGGCUACCCGCCAGAAUUCGACUCUUGGGUAAACGAAUCAGAACUUCAUGCAAUUUAA